GUCAGCCCAUCUCGCAAAAGUCCAUUACGACAUCUAAUCUCAUCACCAAGAAAUUUGAUCAUUUCGGUGAUUGGAGAAAACUCAUCAUGGGUAUUGCCUAUCUCAACCGAUUUUGUCACAAGUUUAAAGCUCGCCAUGACAAGAAUCCUAUGCUACCUACCCAUUGUGAUGAAAUACGUGAAGCGGAGAUAUUUGUCUUGAAACAGACUCAACAAGAAAAGUUCUACAAGGAAAUUAACAGUUUAAAGGCAGGACGACCUUUGGCCAAGGACAGUUGUAUCGCAACACUUUCGCCAUUCUUGGAUGAAAACCAACUUUUGCGUGUUGGUGGAAGAAUAAACAAAGCUGCUGGAAACCUCUCUUCAAAGGAAAUUAAUCCGAUUAUUCUUCCGAAGCGCAACCACAUCUCUAUCCUUUUGAUAAGUCAUUUUCAUGAGCGAGUAAAGCAUCAAGGGAGGUUAUUCACAGAAGGUGCACUUCGCACAGCUGGAUUUCGGAUCCUUGGAGGCAAACGUAUGAUUUCAUCCAUUAUACAUAACUGCGUAACUUGUCGAAAACUUCGUCGCAACCUUGAAACACAAAUGAUGGCAGAUGUCCCAGAGGACAUGAUAACACCAGGCCCACCUUUCACAUCGGUUGGAGUAGAUGUAUUUGGACCGUGGGAAGUUUCUACUCGCAGAAUUAGAGGAGGAGCAGCAAACAGCAAACGAUGGGGACUGAUGUUUACAUGUCUUACAUCUAGAGCAGCUCACAUUGAAGUUAUUGAAGAGAUGUUGAGCUCCUCAUUUAUAAAUGCGCUGCGUAGAUUUCUGUUACUUCGUGGUCCUGUGAAAAUAAUACGAUCUGACCGCGGCACCAGUUUCAUUGGGGCUGCUGAGGAGAUGAAGGUGAACACCAUCAAAGUGGAUGAAGGACCAAUUCAACAGUUCCUAGAUAAAUCUUUCAUCACCUGGAUUUUCAAUGUACCACAUUCCUCCCAUAUGGGUGGAGUCUGGGAGCGAGUUAUUGGAAUGACAAGGAAAAUCCUCAACUCGAUGCUCUUAGAAUCCUAUGGAAAACCUCUAACACACGAGACCCUAGCAACGUUCUUAUGUGAAGUUUGUGCCAUCAUAAACUCUCGUCCUAUCGCACCAAUAUUUUCAGAUCCAGAUGAACCGAUGAUUCUUACUCCAUCUAUGAUUCUCACUGGAAAAGUUGAUUUCCUUCCAGUUGUGUCUAAUUCACUUAGUCAACAAGAUGUUUUUCGAGCACAGUGGAAACGCGUACAAGUACUAGCAGACAUUUUUUGGAAUCAGUGGCGUAAACAGUAUCUUGCUAUUCUACAGAGCAGACGCAAGUGGAAAUGCAGAACAAGAAACAUUAAAGUAAACUAUGUGGUACUGUUAAAAGAUUCUGCUGAAAACCGAAUCAACUGGCCAAUGGGUAUUAUCGAUCGUGUAUUUCCGAGUGAUGACGGAAUGGUGAGAAAGGUUGUUGUACGAACAAUUCGAGCUGGAAAACCAACAUUCUACAUCAGACCCAUUCAUGAACUUGUGUUGUUGAUUGACAGUGAAGAGUGA